AUGUUUUCUUUGAUUUUUCCCCGUAUUGCUAAAUCUCUUGUAGAUGUCCCCUCUCGAUAUACAACACUCCCUGACUCAUGCACAGAUGCAGGAUAUACAUCAGAUCUUUCAUUUUCAUUGCGAGCAAAUAAAGAAACCUGUUUUUUCACAAAACCUGGCUUUUUCUUCGGAACUGGCCUUAUAAUUGAAGUAUAUUGGCAAGACAAAGGCGAAACAGAUGGAUUUUAUCAACUCGGUCCUGUUAAAUCAGGUUGUGUCGUAAAUGUUCAAGCAGAUUUUGCUUAUAUAGUCAUAACUUCUCCAACGAAUCAGACAAUCCAAUACUUCCCGUCAACAUCUCUCUCAUAUUCUUCCUCAAAUUAUGCAGGAACUACGUACCAAUACACAACAUAUUUCUCCACGAAGAAUGUGACACAGUAUAAUCUUUCAAUGUACUAUACGACAUCGCCAAAUGCAACCUCUUAUUCAUAUCAAUACCUUCUACUCCUUGGAGAUAACGUUUCAGUAACAGAUCAAUUAAAACAAAGUAUUAACGAUGGUGAAUCAAACAAAACAAGAAAUCCUUAUCCAACUAAAGUUGCCAAUGAUGGUUCCAUGAAUUUUGUAUCAUUUGGAACAAUAACUUUCGCAAAUGAUAUCAAAAUAUCCAUUCUUUAUCAAACCCCCGUCAAUGCAACUCUAAAGUGCAAGUCCGGUGUCCCUGAGUUCUCUGGAGUCAUCCCGAACUCUCCUUCCCUUGCAACCAUAAAUGACAUUGAUAAUUCAUACAAAGAAGCUGUCAUUGUCAAUCCAAAGGAGUUUGGUUCGCCAACGAACUCAUCCGCAUCCAAUAAUUCUGGAUCGCUCAGCUACGUCUUCAUAAUUGGAGUCGCAAUUGGAGUAUUAGCUAUCGUUGCUCUUGUAUCUGUCCUUGUAAUCAUCAGGAAGAGAAACAGACCACAUAUUGAAGGUGCUGAUCAGAGUUACGAUGAAUCUGUGGAAGAAACCGAAAUUGUUCCUUCAGAAGCCUCCGAACAGAGUAGUUCUUACGAGGAAUCUUAUUAUGAGAGCAGUUCUCAGAUAAAUUUCUCUGAAUCUUCUGAUCCUGAAAUUUCAAUUGCAUCCACGGAGCAAACUAAUACUAAUACUUGCGGUGAUGCUACUGCUACACAAGGAGACCUCCCUGCUCCUCAGUAA